UCAAAACUCUCAACAAAUUGAUAGUCAACUUAUCCAGCAUAAUCGAUCCAAUCUUAAUAAUCAAAACUCUCAACAAAACAACUUACAAAAUGAAUACUCAGAACAAAUUGUUUCUCAAAAUCAUGCACUAAUUACGAUGAUGCGAAACUUAUCUAAUAAUACUUCUACUAUUCAAGAUACUCUUCAAACUAUGCUUCAGCGCCAUAACGAUGAUACUAUUACUCUUCAAACCAAUUCUCAG